AUGCCAUACGCGACAGAGGAAACGUCUUCAGUAGCUUGGUUUCCAGAAGGGAAUCUUUGCCACAGCAAAACAUGCGGGCCACGAACAAAUGGCAUAGUUCUUGAAGCCAUGAAGGGGAAGCUAUCGCAGCCAUCGGAAUGGGACCGGUCUGAACCAUUUUGCGUGAUGGACCUUGGCUAUGUCUACAACGAGUAUCAGCGGUGGACGAGUCUCCUACCGGACGUGAAACCAUUCUACGCUGUCAAGUGCAAUCCGGAUACUCAUAUUAUCAAAGUUCUGAAUGCAAUGAAUAGCGGUUUUGAUUGCGCAUCUCGGAAUGAGAUGGAACUGGUGAUGUCGCAAGGAGUAGCACCAGAAAGAAUAAUCUUUGCAAACCCAUGCAAGAAAAUAUCCGACCUGGAAUAUGCUCAACAGUCCGGGGUAAGGAAAAUGACAUUCGAUAACGAGGCAGAACUGCAGAAAAUUCGUCAGCGGUUCCCGGAUGCUCAGUUAAUUCUGAGAUGUUUAGCAUCCGAUCCAUCUGCCACGUAUUCGUUGGGCUCCAAAUUUGGGGCAUCCUCAGCGACUUCGGUCAAACUUCUGCAAUGCGCGAAAUCCUGGGGCCUCUCUGUAGUAGGAGUGAGCUUCCAUAUUGGCUCGAAUGCAAAAGACCCAACUGCAUUUGACAAGGCCAUUCAAAAUUCCCGCGAAGUGUUCGACGCUGGGCUGCGUACCGGCCAUGACAUGCACCUGCUAGAUAUUGGGGGUGGUUUCUCAGCUCAUAACUUCGAUGCUAUGGCCAGCUCCAUCCGACAGUGUAUUGGUAAAUAUUUCUGCGGCAUUGAUGUUGAAAUCGUGGCCGAGCCCGGGCGUUACUUUGCGGCAGGCGCCCUGACAUUGGCUUGCGGAAUCAUUGGGCGGCGUGAUGCUGCUGCUAAUGAUGAGGACAAGGAAAAUCGACAUAUGCUCUACCUUAAUGAUGGUGUAUACGGUACUUUCAUCUGCAAUAUCUUUGAGCCCGGUCCGCAACCAAAGGUUCUUCGUGCAUCAGGAGACUUUUAUCCUCUGGACAGCGAGGACGAGUAUGAGAGAUACACCAUAUGGGGCCCAACGUGUGAUGGAACAGACUGCGUGGCCGAAUCUGUGGCCCUUCCAAAGUCACUCGCCAUUGAUGAUUGGCUCUAUUUUCCUGAGAUGGGUGCAUAUUCAACAUGUCUUUCAACUGGUUUUAAUGGAUUCCAUAGCGACAGAGAAACUAUAUACAUGUCUAGCGACCCUGCGGCGGACAUCUAUCUAUAG